AUGGUAGAUCCAGCUGAUGAGAGGAAAGAAGUUAAUGGAGAGAAAAAUGAAACUAAUCUAGAAGAAGAAAUAGAGAUUAUAGAACCAGAAAAGACUAUGCAAGACCAGAAGUUGUCAUGGGCGAAGCUUCGCCGUGUAGACUUGCUCCACUUGGAGGCUGGGAGAGUUUCAAAUGGUUGGAUGAACCACACUACGAAGAGCAUAGGAGUGGUGUAUGGGAACAUAGGGACAUCUCCACUUUACGUGUAUGCAAGCACCUUCAGCGAUGGAAUCCAGAACAAUAACGACAAACUGGGCGUGUUGUCACUCAUAAUUCUGCUACUGCUGUCACCGUUGCUCCGCUCGGUCUCAAAUGGAAGGCGAUGA